CGUGCCCUGUGGUGUGCGCGCGCGCGCGCGUGCGUGUGUGUGUGUGUGUGUUUUUGUGUGUGUGUGUGUGUGUGUGUGUGUGUGUGUGUGUGUGUGUAUGUAUAUGUGUUCGUGGGGCACCGUCUCAGCCCCGGGAAGAUGGUGGCGGCGGCGGCGGCGACUGAGGCGAGGCUGAGGAGGAGGACGGUGGCGACGCCAGCGCCCGGGAGCAGGAACAGCAGGCGGUGCCGGGACUGGGACGCGACCAGGGCUGGGAGGCCAGGGCUGGGGACCCGGCUGCGCCUCCCACGGCGGCGGUGGCGGCUGGUGCUGUUGCUGCUGCUGCUCCCGCCGCUGCUGCUGCUUCCCUGGGCGGCUGAGGCCGCGGCGGCAGCGACGGCGGUGUCGGGCUCAGCCGCAGCCGAGGCCAAGGAAUGCGACCGGCCCUGUGUCAACGGCGGCCGCUGCAAUCCUGGCACUGGCCAGUGCGUCUGCCCCGCCGGCUGGGUGGGCGAGCAAUGCCAGCACUGCGGGGGCCGCUUCAGACUAACUGGAUCUUCUGGGUUUAUAACAGAUGGACCUGGAAAUUAUAAAUAUAAAACAAAGUGCACAUGGCUCAUUGAAGGACAGCCAAAUAGAGUAAUGAGACUUCGUUUCAAUCAUUUUGCUACAGAGUGUAGUUGGGACCAUUUAUAUGUUUAUGAUGGGGACUCAAUUUACGCACCCCUAGUUGCUGCCUUUAGCGGCCUCAUUGUUCCUGAGAGAGAUGGCAAUGAGACUGUCCCAGAGGUCGUUGCCACAUCAGGUUAUGCCCUGCUGCAUUUUUUUAGUGAUGCUGCUUAUAAUUUGACUGGAUUUAAUAUCACUUACAAUUUUGACAUGUGUCCGAAUAAUUGCUCAGGCCGAGGAGAAUGUAAGAUCAGUAAUAGCAGCAACACUGUUCAAUGUGAAUGUUCUGAAAACUGGAAAGGUGAAGCAUGUGACAUCCCUCACUGUGUAAAUAGCUGUGGUUUUCCUCAUCGAGGCAUCUGCAAUUCAAGUGAUGUCAGAGGAUGCUCCUGCUUCUCAGAGUGGCAGGGUCCUGGAUGUUCAGUUCCUGUACCAGCUAACCAGUCAUUUUGGACACGAGAGGAAUAUUCUAACCUAAAGCUCCCCAGAGCCUCUCACAAAGCUGUGGUCAAUGGAAAUAUAAUGUGGGUUGUUGGAGGAUAUAUGUUCAACCACUCAGAUUACAACAUGGUUCUAGCGUAUGACCUUGCUUCUAGGGAGUGGCUUGCACUGAACCAUUCUGUGAACAAUGUGGUUGUUAGAUAUGGUCAUUCUUUAGCAUUAUACAAGGAUAAAAUUUACAUGUAUGGAGGAAAAAUUGAUUCAACAGGGAAUGUGACCAAUGAGUUGAGAGUGUUUCAUAUUCAUAAUGAAUCAUGGGUAUUGUUAUCCCCUAAAGCAAAGGAGCAGUAUGCAGUGGUUGGGCACUCAGCACACAUUGUCACAUUGAAUAGUAGCCGAGUGGUCAUGCUGAUUAUCUUUGGUCACUGCCCUCUCUAUGGAUAUAUUAGCAAUGUGCAGGAGUAUGACUUGGGUGAGAACACAUGGAGUAUAUUACAUACCCAGGGUGCCCUUGUCCAAGGGGGCUAUGGCCAUAGCAGUGUCUAUGACCACAGGACCAGGUCCCUGUAUAUUCAUGGAGGCUACAAGGCUUUCAGUGCCAAUAAAUACCGGCUUGCAGAUGAUCUCUACAGAUACAAUGUGGACACCCAGAUGUGGACUAUUCUUAAGGACAGCCGAUUUUUCCGUUACUUGCACACAGCUGUGAUAGUGAGUGGAACCAUGCUGGUGUUUGGAGGAAACACACACAAUGACACAUCCAUGAGCCAUGGAGCCAAAUGCUUCUCUUCAGACUUCAUGGCUUACGACAUUGCUUGUGACCGAUGGUCAGUGCUUCCCAGACCUGAUCUCCACCAUGAUGUCAACAGAUUUGGCCAUUCAGCAGUCUUAUACAACAGCACCAUGUAUGUAUUUGGUGGUUUCAAUAGUCUCCUCCUCAGUGACAUCCUGGUAUUUACUUCAGAACAGUGUGAAGCACACCAGAGUGAAGCUGCUUGUCUAGCAGCAGGACCUGGCAUCCGGUGUGUGUGGGACACAGGGUCAUCUCAGUGUGUCUCCUGGGAGUUGGCAACUGAAGCACAAGAAGAAAAGUUAAAAUCAGAGUGUUUUUUUAAAAGAACUCUUGACCAUGACAGAUGUGACCAGCACACGGAUUGUUACAGCUGCACGGCCAACACAAAUGACUGCCACUGGUGCCAUGACCAUUGUGUCCCUAUGAACCACAGCUGCACAGAAGGCCAGAUCUCCAUUUCCAGGUAUGAUCAUUGCCCCAAGGAUAACCCCAUGUACUACUGUAACAAGAAGACCAGCUGCAGGAGCUGUGCCCUGGACCAGAACUGCCAGUGGGAGCCUCGGAAUCAGGAGUGCAUCGCCCUGCCUGAAAAUAUCUGUGGCAUUGGCUGGCAUUUGGUUGGAAACUCAUGUUUGAAAAUUACUACUGCCAAAGAGAAUUAUGACAAUGCAAAAUUGUCCUGUAGGAACCACAAUGCCUUUUUGGCUUCUCUUACAACCCAGAAGAAGGUGGAAUUUGUCCUUAAGCAGCUGCGAAUCAUGCAGUCAUCGCAGAGCAUGUCCAAGCUCACCUUAACCCCAUGGGUUGGCCUUCGGAAGAUCAAUGUGUCCUACUGGUGCUGGGAAGAUAUGUCCCCAUUCACAAAUAGUUUGCUACAGUGGAUGCCAUCUGAGCCCAGUGAUGCUGGAUUCUGUGGAAUUUUGUCCGAACCCAGUAUUUGGGGCUUAAAGGCUGCAACCUGCAUCAACCCACUCAAUGGUAGUGUCUGUGAAAGACCUGCGAACCACAGUGCCAAGCAGUGCCGGACACCGUGUGCCUUGCGGACGGCAUGUGGGGAGUGUACCAGCGGCAGCUCCGAGUGCAUGUGGUGCAGCAACAUGAAGCAGUGCGUGGACUCCAAUGCCUACGUGGCCUCCUUCCCUUUUGGCCAGUGUAUGGAGUGGUAUACCGUGAGCAGCUGCCCCCCUGAAAAUUGUUCAGGCUACUGUACCUGUAGUCACUGCUUGGAGCAACCAGGCUGUGGCUGGUGUACUGAUCCCAGCAAUACUGGCAAAGGGAAAUGCACAGAGGGCUCCUAUAAAGGACCAGUGAAAAUGCCUUCUCAGGCCCCUACAGGAAAUUCCUAUCCACAGCCCCUUCUCAAUUCCAGCAUGUGUCUGGAGGACAGCAGAUACAACUGGUCUUUCAUUCAUUGUCCAGCUUGCCAGUGCAAUGGCCACAGCAAAUGCAUUAAUCAGAGUAUCUGUGAGAAGUGUGAGAACCUGACCACGGGCAAGCAUUGUGAGACCUGCAUAUCUGGCUUCUACGGUGAUCCGACCAAUGGGGGAAAAUGUCAACCAUGCAAGUGCAAUGGGCACGCAUCGCUGUGCAAUACCAACACGGGCAAGUGCUUCUGCACCACCAAGGGUGUCAAGGGGGACGAGUGCCAGCUAUGUGAAGUAGAAAAUCGAUACCAAGGAAACCCUCUCAAAGGAACAUGUUAUUAUACUCUUCUUAUUGACUAUCAGUUCACCUUUAGCCUAUCCCAGGAAGAUGACCGCUAUUACACAGCCAUCAAUUUUGUGGCUACACCUGAUGAACAAAAUAGGGAUUUGGACAUGUUCAUCAAUGCCUCCAAAAACUUCAACCUCAACAUCACCUGGGCUGCCAGCUUCUCAGCUGGAACCCAGGCUGGAGAAGAGAUGCCUGUUGUUUCAAAAACAAACAUUAAGGAGUACAAAGAUAGUUUCUCUAAUGAGAAGUUUGAUUUUCGCAACCACCCAAAUAUCACUUUCUUUGUUUAUGUCAGUAAUUUCACCUGGCCCAUCAAAAUUCAGCUGUGGCUUUGGCUGUUUCUUCUCAGUUCUUCAGUGCCAUUGUUCCCUUGGGUCUCCUCUGGGCCCUUUUCCCUGGAUAGUCCCAUCCACACCAUCUAUGAACACCACCUGUGGCUGGGAUGGAUUGCCUUCUCCCAGCACAGCAAUUUUAUGGACCUGGUACAGUUCUUCGUGACCUUCUUCAGAACCCAGCCUGUCUACUCUAUGAAGUCUUCUUCUGGCCUAUUCACCCCAUAGUCCACCUCUUCUUGGACUCCACCCUACCCAUGUUUUUAUUAUACCACAUAAUCACACUUUAAUGCGGUUAUUUAACAGUCUAGCACUUGAGGGCAGCGCAUAUACAAAUGAACCUGUAAUUUGACAUGCGAAGAUGAACAGGGCUAAUUAGAGGCCACUCCUACAAGUUUUUUGUUUUGGUUUUUGGUUUUUGAGGGUUUUUUUGCGGUACGCGGACCUCUCACUGUCGUGGCCUCUCCUGUUGCGGAGCACAGGCUCCGGACGUGCAGGCUCAGCGGCCAUGGCUCAUGGGCCUAGCCGCUCCACAGCAUGUGUGAUCUUCCCGGACCGGGGCACAAACCCGUGUCCCCUGCACCGGCAGGCAGACUCUCAGCCACUGCGCCACCAGGGAAGCCCUCUCCUGUAAGUUUUAAAUUGGGUUUUGAGAGCCUGAAACAGUUCUCGUAUGGCUCUCAACACUAACUAUACUUUAGAAUUCACCUGAGAAGCUUAAAAAAGCAGCAGCAGCCUGGGCCCUGCCCCCAGAGAUGCUGAUUUGAUUGGUCUGAUAUGGGACCCAAUCAUCAUGGUAUUUUAAAGGCUCUCCAGUGAUUCUUAUGUUCAGCUGGCAUUAAAAACCCCUGAGUUAGCUGAAAGUUGUGUGGAUUCAGGGGCUGGGGCAGUAUUACAUCCAUCCAUAUGUAAGCUAAAGCAUAGAAGGUCAGAUGGAAAAGAAGAUCAUUAAGUACUGAGAGGAUGUGAACAUGGCUUCAGCUAACAGCUUCAUGAUUCCUGUUCCUGCAGGAGCAGGCGGCUUUAGGGCUCUGAGAGAGCCCUGUAAUUAUUCCCCCACCACCAGCCAGUGACCACCACCUGGGUAGAGGUUAUCUGGAAUUUAAAUUCUAGACUGUAAUUAUUUUACAUAAUAUAGGAACAGUUUUUUUAAGUUCCACUGGUUUUUUUUCUUGCACCAUUGAAUGUGUCCCAUGUCUUGUCCUUUGUUGGAUGUUGUUGUUAUGCAGAACUAUAUCGUAGAGUCUUUCUCUCAGAAAAGACCUGAGAAAGAAUUUGAUACUUGGGGAAGACCUUUUAUAAAGUCUGAAGACUGGAAUCUUGAGUUUUGCAACAUUUUCUUCUAUUUCUUUGUUUCCUCACCUUUAAUUCUAUUUGCUUGCAUUCUGGACUUCUCUAGUAGAUGAAUGAGUACAGCUCUGGAUCUGUCCUCCAUAUUUCUUAACUGAACUCUCAUUUCUUUUUCAUUUUCCUUCACACUACAUUCUAGGUGAGCUCCUCAGCUCAUUAAUUUAGUCU